AUGCGUCUUCAAAUUUCCAGGACUAUAAAAGCCGAGUUCGGUCGUGUGACCCCGACAUCAAAUCUUCAGCUACACUCCCAAGCAGACGAAACAUCCAUUCGGAAACGACAGAGCCAAAUGAAGGUUCUCCUCGCCCUCCUCGUUCUCUUCCCCCUCUCUGCGCUCUGCGCCGUUGCUUUUGCUGAUGCAAUUGCUGAUGUUGAAGGGGGCAACUACGUCCAGAUUCCCGAGGAAGAAUAAUUCCUGCCUCUGGAACUUCUGUUUCUUUCAUUCUUUUUUGGUGUUGAAUAAACCAGCAUGCUCUGCAA